AUGGUGAAAUUCACACAGUAUUCAAUGUUAGUCACACAUGAUUUGCCUGGAAAUACAUCGCUAAAUUUAUAUUUGCGGGAUCACCUUGGCCUGAAGGAUGUAAAAUUUAUGUGCAACGAAGGAGGAUGUGGUGCAUGUAUUAUUUCUGCUUCUAAUUUGCAUCCAGUCAGCGGAAGGAUUAUCAAUUUUGCUGUAAAUUCGUGUCUCGUAUCAGUAUUCUCUUGUCAUGGUUGGGAAAUAAAAACUGUAUCUGGUCUUGGAAACCAGAAAAUAGGUUAUCACCCAUUACAAAUAACAUUAGCAAAAUAUCAUGGCACUCAAUGCGGAUUUUGCAGUCCGGGAAUGGUAAUGAAUAUGAAUAGUUUGUUGGAAAAUAAUGAAAAAAUUACAAUGGCCGAAAUUGAAAACUCGUUUGGCGGUAAUAUUUGCAGAUGCACAGGCUAUAGACCAAUUCUGGAUGCUUUUAAAUCUUUAGCAUCGGAUGCAGAUCCAGCUCUAUGUAAUAAAUUUAAAGUAUGUGUAUAUGAUAGAUAUAGAAGAUUUAGGCAACGUACAGAUCAAUACGAAUACUAA